GGCGUCAGCUCCGGAGCCAUUGGUCUCUGGCUGCAUUUUUGGGCUUGUUGUUGUCUAUGUUUCGAAUGAUUUCUGGCACAUUCUGCCCGGCAACUCGACAAGAAAUUCCGGUUACGUUGACUGCUGAAUUGUGACUACAGUCAGUCAGUGCUGCUCCCACAGAUGAGAUCUACUGCUUUGAUCCUGCCUCCACACAACCAGGAAGGAGAAGGACCAGAAUUGGUGCAAUCAAAAGGGGGAGGUGGCAGCAGAAAGGAAUACCGGACAGUUACUGCCCACUGAAAUCUACAACUUUGGCUAUCAAAGGUUUAGUCGCUGAAGAGAAGGCGCCUGACCCAUUCCUGACACUGCUGUUGGUCUUUUUCGAGCACGAUGGUCCGGCAGACGGACCCCGCUGAGGGGCAACCUAAGUGACAAGGAGGCGACGUAAGCCUCAAGUGUGCCCGCGGGACUGGUGUGGGUGUGUCUCUGCUGCUCUGGGUGUGAUUGAGCUUGGCGGAAGGGAACAGCUCACUGACCUGCUCUGCCAGCUGCCUCCACAUCCGCCCCUGAGCUCUGCCCACCCGCCAUUGCCGGGAGUAGGGAGAGGGCCAGGUCGGGACGGGACGGGGGGCCUUUGUUUUUCGGGGGUGGGGGGGUCGGUGCAGGGUAGCCUAUGCUAUGGUGAGCUGCUCCCUGUCUGCCUGCUUGUGCUCAGACUCUGAAGAAUUCUCCGUUCGGCCGCAGGAUAAAGGAUAGCCUUCUUGCCAGGGAGUGGGGAGGCACGAGGCGCGAGGGGGCCCAGGCCCAGCUCUCUAUACCUGUGCAGCCGUGUGGGUUGGGGGUCCGGCCGCAGGCGGGCCCGCAGACGACCGCAGCCAUGGUGAAGCUGGCCAACCCGAUGUACACCUCCUGGAUCCUGGAGGCCAUCAAGAAGGUGAAGAAGCAGAAGCAGCGGCCGUCCGAGGAGCGCAUCUGCAAUGCCGUGUCCAUGUCGCACGGCCUCGACCGCAAGACGGUCCUGGAGCAGCUGGAGCUCAGCGUCAAGGACGGCUCCAUCCUCAAGGUGUCCAACAAGGGGCUCAACUCCUACAAGGACCCAGACAACCCGGGCCGACUGGCCCUGCCCAAACCCCGGGGUAGUGGAGGAUCAGGGGGUGGUGGAGGAGGAGGUGGUGGUGGAGGAGGAGGAGGAGGUGGCAGCAGCAGCUCUGGGUCCCACAAGAAGCCCGGGCUGGACUGGAAUAAACUGAUCAAACGCGCGCUGGACGGCCUGCACGAGCCCGGCGGCUCCACGAUCAAGAGCAUCGAGCGCUUCCUCAAGUGCCAGGCCGACGUGGCGGCCUACCUGUCGGGCAGCAGCGCCCUGGCGCCGGGGCUCUUCCACCAGCAGCUGCGGGUGGCGCUCAAGCGGGCCGUGGCGCACGGCCGCGUGCUCAAGCAGGGCCCGCUCUUCCGGCUCGCCAGCCGCAGCUCGUCGUCGCACCAGAACGAUGGCACGGGUUGCGUCUCGCUCGACUCCCUGCCGCCCGUCCGCCUGCUCCCACACGAGAAGGAUAAGCCUGUGGCCGAGCCGAUUCCCAUCUGCAGCUUCUGCCUGGGGACCAAGGAGCAGAACCGCGACAAGAAUCCAGAGGAGCUCAUCUCCUGCGCAGACUGUGGCAACAGCGGCCACCCGUCCUGUCUGAAGUUCUCCCCUGAGCUGACGGAGCGGGUCAAGGCUCUGUGGUGGCAGUGCAUCGAGUGCAAGACCUGCAGCAGCUGCCAGGACCAGGGCAAGAAUGCGGAGAAUAUGUUGUUUUGUGAUUCCUGUGACCGGGGUUUCCACAUGGAGUGCUGUGACCCCCCACUGUUGCGGAUGCCAAAAGGCAUGUGGAUCUGUCAGAUCUGCCGGCCGAGGGAAAAGGGACGACGGCUCUUACACGAGAAAGCAGCACAGAUCAAGCGACGCUACAACGCCCCGCUGGGUCGGCCCAAGAACAGGUCCAAACGGCCUUUUAAGAAGUUUCGCGGGGGUAACGGAGGCGGUCGGGGCCGUCGGCGGGGGCGACCCUCGGCGGCCGACCGGCGCUCGCAGGGCUCGUCCUCGCCGCACUCCUCGUCCAGCUCCUCGUGCGAGGGCUACCCGGGGGACGACCAGCUGCUCUUCCCCAUGCGCCACGACGACGACUCGUCGACCAGCAGCGGCCUGUACUUCAACAAGAAGACCAAGGGCCUGAUCGACGCGCUCAGCAAGUUCUUCACGCCCUCGCCGGACGGGCGCAAAGCGCGCUCUGAGACGGUGGACUACUCGCAGUGCCGCAUGCGCAAGAAGAACAGUCGCCGGGGCGAGCAGGACGACCGCUCGGGAGACAAUCAGGACGGCGAUGAUUGGCACGAUGAGGAGGAUAAACUGCCGGGCCACGAGAACCUGACGGAGAAAGACGUCGAACUGUUCAGACACAUCCAGCAAGUGGCACUACAGAAAGUCGGCGUGACAGGACCGCCGGAUCCGCACAUGCGCUGCCCGUCCGUCAUCGAGUUCGGGAAGUACGAGAUCCAGACAUGGUACUCCUCUCCCUACCCGCAGGAGUUCAGCAGACUGCCCAAGCUGUACCUGUGUGAGUUCUGCCUGCGCUACAUGAAGAGCCGCAGCAUCCUGUACCAGCACAUGCGCAAGUGCGGCUGGUUCCACCCGCCCGCCAACGAGAUCUACCGGAAGGAUGACGUCUCCGUGUUUGAGGUGGACGGCAACGUCAGCACGAUAUACUGUCAGAACCUGUGCUUACUGGCCAAGCUCUUCCUGGACCACAAGACGCUGUACUACGACGUGGAGCCCUUCCUCUUCUACGUGCUCACGCAGAACGACAGCAAGGGAUGCCACCUCGUUGGAUACUUUUCCAAGGAGAAACACUGUCAGCAGAAGUACAAUGUGUCCUGCAUCAUGAUUCUUCCACAAUACCAGCGCAAGGGCUAUGGCCGCUUUCUCAUCGACUUCAGCUACCUUCUGUCCAAGCGUGAGGGUCAGCCAGGCUCGCCGGAGAAGCCUCUGUCGGACCUGGGCCGCCUGUCCUACAUGGCCUACUGGCGCAGCGUGGUGCUGGAGUGCCUGCACGAGAUGGGCGACCGGCAGAUGACCAUCCGGCAGCUCAGCAAGAUCACGGGCAUCUGCCCGCAGGACAUCACCUCCACCCUCCUCCACCUCAACAUGCUGGAGCAGCGCGGGGGCCGGUUGGUUCUGGUGCGUCGGGAGAAGCUGAUCUCAACACACAUGGGCCGUCUGCAGGCAAGGCCGCGGCAGCUGGACGUGGACCCUGACUGUCUGCGCUGGACCCCGGUGAUUGUGUCCAACAUUGUGGUGUCUGACGGGGAUGGAGAGGAUGACGAGGACGAGGAAGCUGAGGAAGAUAGGGAGGAAGAGAACGGCAAAGAGAUCAAGCCGAUCCACAGGACGCCCCCACUCUCUUGGCACAGGGGAGUGGACCGAGGGGAUGAGGAAGAGGAGGAGGAGGAGGCCGAAGAAGACAGGAAGUGCUUCCCCUCCCCCUUCCCCAGCAGGCCGAGCCCUCCGUCCUCCCCAGUCCGCCGCUCCCCUCCCAGUCCGGUCAGAGCCCCUGCCCCCGCCAACGGGGAACGGCGGGGCCGAGGCCGGCCACCCAAGAACUGGCCCUGGGGGAAAGCUCGUCCAGGCAGGCCGAGGAAGCACCGGCCGGAGGAGGACAACUACCACGACGACCGGACCAAGAGCCUGAAAGCCCCGGGGGCCUCGUCCGGCCUUCCCACGGGACCCUUCUUCGGCCAGUCGGGAGACGGUAACUCGGGGCUGAGCCGGCAGUCGGAGCUGCCCCGGCUACCGCAACCGCCGGCUCCCCGCAGCAGGGGGCGUCCCCCGCGGAAGAAGCGCGGCCCUAAGCCCCGGCUGCCCGAGGGCUCCGCAGACGCCCUGCCCAUGCUGCCCCAGGCGCCCAGGCCGUGCGACCCGCCGCCCAUGCACCGGCCGCGCUUCAGCGAGAGCAGCGACGAUGAGGAGGAUGACGACGAGGAGAUGCAAGCCUGUUCGCCUCCCAUCCUUACCAAACCCACACUCGGCCUCAAGUGCAAGAAGCCUAUGAGGAAACGUCGGAUGCGGCAGCCGAGUCACCCACACAGUAGUGUGGUGACGGAAACCAUCUCUGAGACGACAGAAGUCCUGGACGAGCCCUUCGUGGACUCUGACACCGAGCGACCAAUGCCCCGUCUCGAAGAGGAGACGCCACUGCGCCGUUACCCAGCUGCCCGCGCCGCCCUCAAUCACAGCGACCCUGCGCCCAAAAGAAGCCGACCGCACUUAUCGGACGAGUCAGACGAUGAUGAUACCACUCCUGUGCUGAAGCCUGUUCCCGGUCUGAGGAAGCCAGAGCCAUCGGACCCGACUGACCGGGGAGAGCCUCCUGCCCCGACCCCCGAGGUCCCCGUGAAGAAGAAGAAGGGCUGGCCCAAGGGCAAGGCGCGCAAGCCCUUACACUGGAAGAAGCGGCCGGGGAGGAAGCCCGGCAGCGGGGCCAACCAGCAGGCCACCGACGCGGCCCAGUCCGGCGACCCGCCGCCGCCCAAGAUCAAGAUGAAGCCGGGCAGGAAGCCCCGCAGCUGGUACGAGCAGCGCGCCCGAGAGGAAGCCGCCCGGUUAGAGCUGGAGAGAGGAAUGCUGGGACAGCAGCAGCAGCAGCAGUCGUCGUCGCCGCCGCCGCCACAGCCCGACGUCAGGCGGCGGAGCCUGACCUCCGACCUAGGACACGACAAGCGCAAGGAGUCGGACGACGACGACUUCAAGCCGGUCGAGCCGCCGAAGCCCAGGAGGAGAGGCCGGCCGCCGAAGAACCCCGCCGCUCGCCUGCCCCCGCCACCGCCUCCACCCAAGCCCCCCAUCUCUGAGCCUGAGGAGGAGGAGGAAGAGGAAGAUGAGGAGGAGAGGGGUUGGGCCCCGGACAAGCCCAGCCGACCGCCCUCGCGCAACAUGUUACCCGCGUCCUCCGCCAACUCUCGGUUAGCACAGUCGCGACCCGACAUGGACAUGGGGGACGGCGAUGAAGAGGAGGAACGAGAGGACGAAGAGUGCGAGCGGAGGCCCGCCGUGACGCCCGGCUCGGGCAGUCGCCGCAGCGACGACCACGACGCGGACGACGAGGGCGACGGCCACCUGGAGGAGAAGAGCGACAGCAGCAGCAAGCGGCGGAAGGAGCCGGACUCGGAGGACGACGAGGAAGAUGAGGAAGACGAGGAGCCAGCCACGCCCGUGCGCUCGCCGCCCGUGAAAGAGGAACCCCAGAGCGGAGACACUUUUUUAGGCAUGCAGGGGAGCGUGGGGGCCAGGGAGUACGUGAACAAGCAGGAGGAAGAGGAGGAGGAGGAGGACGAGGAGGAGGAAGAAGAAGAGGCCGAUGAGGUGCAGGAGGUGAAGGCCCGUCCGGCGGACUCGCCGGAGGAGCGCAGGCGGCGCGAGGCGGAGGAGUCCUCCGCGGCAGCCGCCGCCGCCGUCGAGACGGUCACGGCCAUCGGCGUGCCGGACGAGCCCCUGGAGCUGCAGCCCCUCCACGCCGAGGACAAGGCGGUGCUGAUGCUGCAGGCCGAGCAGCAGCAGCACGCGCACUCCCACCCGCACCCCCACGCCCUCCCCCACCAGCACCCGCACGCCACCGCCGACUACAAGGAUGACAUGGCCCACAGUGGCGCCCAUCACCACCACCACCACCACCACGCGCACCAUCACCAUCACCACCCGCACCACCACCACCACCACCCGCAGCACAGCAGCGAGCUGGACCUGGAGACGGUGCAGGCCGUGCAGUCGCUCACGCAGGACGAGGCGCCGGACGAGGAGGCCGAGCCGCACCCGGCCACGUCGGCCGCCGCCGCCGCCUCCUACCAGGACUGCGAGGAGACGCUGGCCGCCUGCCGCACGCUGCAGAACUACGGCCACGGCGAGCCCGAGGACGACGCGCUGGGACUGGUGGAGGACUGCGGCGCGCCGGCCACCGCCCCGGCCACCGCGCCCUCCUCCCAGCACAGCAGCCCGCUCCCCAACCCGCCCAUGCCGCCGCUGCCCGGGCAGUCGGUGCGCUCCGUCAACAGCCCCAGCAUGACCCCGGGCCCUCUGGAGUCCGGUCAGCAGGGGGGAGCGCCCGGUGCCCCGUCCGGGACGGGCGGAGGUGCGGGGGGUGGCGGCAGCGGCUACACCCAGAUCACCCCCGAGCACCCCGGCUCGCUGUCGGCCCCGUCGCUGCAGAACAUGGAGACGUCGCCGAUGAUGGACGUGCCGUCGGUGUCGGACCACUCGCAGCAGGUGGUGGACAGCGGCUUCAGCGACCUGGGCAGCAUCGAGAGCACCACGGAGAACUACGACAACCCCAGCAGCUACGACUCCACCAUGGGCAACGGAGGCAACGGCAACGGAGGGAACGGAGGCGGCCUGUCCGCCGCCGCCGCCGUGGCGGCCGCCUCUUCGUCGGCGGCCUCGUCUUCCUCGUCGUCGUCGUCCUCCAGCUCGGCCGCCCCGUCGUCCUCGUCGUCGCAGGCCAACAGCUGCUCGUUCGUGUCCACCCCGGCCUCCGUGGGCGCCCAGCUGGGCAUGGGCAGCUGCAGCCUCAUCCAGCAGGCCGGCCCGGGGCCCAACAGCAACAGCGCCCCCAACAGCGGCGCAGGAGGGGUACAGGUGCCUCAGCCGCCCCCGCCGCCACCGCCCCCCUCGGCCAACACGCCCGGCUGCGGCAUCAAGUCCCCGCAGAGCUGCGUCAUCGAGAGGCCGCCCAGCACCAACCAGCAGCCCCAGAAGAAGGUGCCUCAGCAGCAGCAGCAGCAGCAGGGGCCAAACACCCAACCGCAGCCUCCACCUUCAGCUCCCCCACCCACUCCACAGCAGCAACAACAACAACAGCAGCAGCAGCAGCAGCAACAACAACAACAACAACAACAACAGCAGCAGCAACAGCAGCAGCAGCAGCAGGCGCUGUCCCAGUGCAGCAUGGGAAACGGUUUCGGCUCCACGCCCAUGAUCAUGGAGAUCCCCGAGAGCGCCGGCGGAGGCGGCGGAGGCCGUAGCCUCUACAUGAGCCAGGACUUUGGCGCGGGCGGCUACGGGCAGCCCUCGGCCACGUUCAGCCUGGCCAAGCUGCAGCAGCUCACCAACACCAUCAUGGACCCGCACGCCAUGCCGUACUCCCACUCGGCGGCGGUCACCUCCUACGCGUCCAGCGUGUCCCUGUCCAACUCGGGCCUGGCCGGCCUCGCCUCCAGCCCGCACCCGCCGCUGGCCCAGGGCCAGGCCGCCAUGACGUCGGCGCCCAACCUGAGCUCGGGCUCCAUGAACCUGCUCCAGUGCAACAUGGCCGGCGCCAACAUCAGCCUGGCGCCGCCGCCCCACACGCAGCGGCUCCAGGGCCAGAUGGCGUCGGUCAAGAGCCACAUCUCCAUCCGCUCCAAGGCCUCGCAGCUGCCCGCCGGCUCCCCGCACCAGCAGCAGCUGUACGGCCGCAGCGCGGGGCCCGUGACCAUGCAGGGCUCGCCGCGGCCGCUGACCGUGCAGCGCAGCAUGAUGCCCAACCUCAUGCCCACGCCGGCCGCCUACAACUCCAUGAACAUGAACCCGCUCAACGCCGCCAUGUCGGCCAGCUACCGCAUGGCGCAGCCCAUGAUGAACAGCGGCUACCACGGCAACCCGCCCUACAUGAACCAGCCGGCGCAGUACCCCAUGCAGAUGCAGAUGGGCAUGAUGGGCGGCCAGGCCUACCCGCAGCAGCCUAUGCAGCCCAAUCACCAUAGCAACAUGAUGUACACGGGCCCCUCCCAUCACAGCUACGCCGGCGUCCCCAAACAGUCGCCGUACAUGAGCAGAUGAGCAGCGGCGGGGAGAGGAGACAUUACCCCACAUCAGCCCUCUCCUCUGCUCUGGGCCAGGCAUCUCUCUACUGACUCCUAUGUUUCCCCCCAUCCUCCAAAGCCAGACUGAGUGAAUGUUGGUGAGGUGGAGGUGAGGGGGGGCGGCGGGGGGGGGCCUGCACACAGCCCUGCCUGCACACACAGCAGCGCAAGGAACAGGAAGAGCAGACACAGGGAGGGGACUCGAACUAAAGGGACUGUGAUGUUCGUUGUCUUUUUGUUUACCCUUUUUUUUGUAUGUCGUCAGUCUUUUUGUUCUGUUUUUUUAUUUUUUAUUUUUUGCUUUGUCCCCUCCCUAAAUCCUUCCUGCCGAUACAUGUGUGAACCCUGCCUGAGCAGGCUGUGCUGGGGCCGCUGGCUGGUUAGACGCCGUGGUAAAUGGACCGUCGGUGGGACAGACUCGCGGGGGACUCCAUGGGGCCCUGAGCCUCCUCUGUUCACCACACUUAAAGCCCCGAGGCGCGCCACUCCAUCCAUCCCAUGGAGAGCGCAGAAGAGGAGGACAGGAAGAACUCUCCAAUGUGGUGGCCUGUACGGGAUGUGAGGACUCUUCCCGAGCUAGAUAUAUGGGGGGGGAAAAGAGAGACAGACAUAAGUGGUUGUCAAAUGUUAAUCUGACCAUUCACACAAUCUUUCAUUGACAUAGGAAGCCUUACCUUGCGAAUGGGGGAAAAAGAGUUUGAAUUUAAAUGGACAUUUUGUUUUUGUUCUUUUCUAUUGGUAUAUAAUUUUUAAUACAUUUAUCUUGUUUUGUCUCUUUUGACGACCAUUGAAUUUCUUGUGUUCAGUCCAACCUCAUGCUUUGUAUGUAUAAUUUUUUUUUUUUACUUUGUUCAGGUGAGCGCGUGUGUGUGUGUGUGUCUGUCUGUGUAUGUGUGUAUGUAUGCGUGCGUGCGUGCGUGCGUGCGUGCGUGUGUGUGUGUGUGUGUGUGUGUGUGUGUGUGUGUGUGUGUGUGUGUAUGUAUGUGUGUGCGUUUGGCUCAAGGUGGCACCCAUUUGCUCUGAUGCAUCCACGUGCUGGAGUACAGACACACACAUGCACACAUCUCUAUUGCCACUUUGAGAGCCAAGGUGGAGGCACU